CUCUUUUUUAUCUGGAGAUUUCACAGUCGCUUCCUUACCCAGGUGAGAGGGCCUAUGCGCUUAUCUCGCUCACCAUACUGCCAUUUCUCCUCUGCAAGUCGCAGUUACCUCGAAUUCUCAACCGGUAGCCAACGUCCACCUCCACCAGCAACAAUCUCGAAUUGCCGCUGACUGUACCGUAGUUCCGGCCGGCUGCCAAUUACUUACUCAGUACCGUUUCUCUUGUCAUAUCUCUCGGCUGUCUUCAUUUUCAUAUCCACGCAGAUUGCGUCAAGCAUCUUCGCUAGUGAAGGCCUCUGUCUGGAACCGUCAACCGUUCUAACUACGCGGUUUGACUGCUGAUCCUCCUCGUCAAUGGCAUCAAUCAACUUCAACCCAUUUCAAAAUUGGUUUGAGAAACCCUCAAACCCAAUCCCAGCCAUUAAUCUCUUCUCCCGUGUAGAGUCAACAUUCACCAGCAUCCCUAUGAAUUUUGCUUCAAUCAACAUGUCAAAGCUCUUUCAGCAGCCCAAGAAGCAGACCACUGAAGUUGACAAGCCUGGCAUGUACAAGGAACUAGCAGACCAAUUCUUUUGGGAAUGUGAGAACUUGCCCGAUUAUAGGCAUGCCCCAGAAGUUGAGAAAAUUUUAAGUGAAGAUCCAAUCUUUGAGAAAAAGGAGAACCCAAAUGAAGAGGAAGUGAAAGAGAAUGAGAAAUGGUGGCAAGAGUUCCGAGCUAGCCCAGUGGUCCAGUUCUUGGCUCGAGCCGAGGAGAUUGCGGACCAGAUCAAUGAAAUGGAGCUUAAGGAGAAUGACACUCCAUUCAGAAAGGAGGACAAGAAGUUGUGGCAAGCAUUGCCACAUGUACCUGGGCCUGAUGGUAGGCCCAUGCCAAGAAAGACGAUAAAGACAAGGAAAGAGAGUGAUGACAAGUUUUGGGAUUUUACACGGCAGUUCUUCUUUGGGCUUUGGGGGUUUCGGCAGCGGCCAUACCCGCCUGGCCGACCCAUUGACAUUGCUCAAGCUAUUGGGUACAAGAAGCUUGAGAAGCGCUACUAUGAUUUUAUUAUGAGGAGCAGUGGUUGGUACUAUAAAGAUAGGUUGGGUCGUACUCGGGGUCCAUUGGAGCUCAUAACUCUUAAGACAGCUUGGGGGGCGGGGAUAAUUGAUAAAGACACUUUCAUAUGGGGUGAGGACAUGGAUGAAUGGGCGCCAAUUCACAUGGUCUAUGGCCUAGAGCGAGCAAUUGCCACCUGGGAAGUUAGGCUUGGUGCUGCUGCAACAGCUUUCCUGCAUAAACUUCAGAAAGGUAUACCUCCUUGGGUUCCUCUUAAGGGGCAUGAAAAGAAAACCUACAAGCAACUCCAACAAGAAGCAAUAGAGAGUAAGAGACGUGAUUUAGCAGUACUUGAAGCAAAUGGUGGUGUGUGGCCUGGAGUUAGAACUCCUAGUCAUGCCUUAUUUCUUUGGGCUAGCGGCUCUGAAUUGACAACCACUCUGGAGUCUGACCACAUGCCAAAUAAAUAUAUUCCGAAGGAUCUCAGGCUCCAAUUGGCUAAAAUUAUCCCAGGGUUAAGGCCAUGGGAGGUUUUAAGUGUUGAGCAAGCUAUGGAUAAGAUUACUUAUGGGGGAGAGUGGUACCGUGAACCUCUUGGCUCUUACACAACGGGUCCUCCUUACAUAAGACAUUGGAAUAAAGAUGUUAUGAGAAUGUUUCGAAUUUUUUUCAAUCUCAGUACCCGUGUUUACGAGAAACUGGAGAGGACAAUUCCUGGCUUCCGUACUAUAAUGGAGAAAGUUGAGGCCGAUGCUUCUGUAAGGGAUGCUAGGCGACAGGAGAGGAGAAAGACACAGAUGAAGGCUGAUGAGGUAGCUUUAUAUGGCAAGGAUAAAAGUGAAAGGUAACGUCACUCCGAACUUCUGAUAAGUGAAUGAUAUUCAAAUGCUGCUGGCUUCUUAUGAAGUAGCAAGGGUAUAAUUUGUCAGACAAGUAGUUCUUAGAAUAGAGAUGGCUACUCGGAAAUAGAGAUGGCUAAGUGGGUUUUGAUGCUAAUGUGGUAUUAGGUCAUCUAUUGGUGCUAGAUUUUUUUUUUUUUUCUCUUUCUACUCCCUGUCCCCUGAAGAAGUGAUCAUGUGGAGAGAUUUAGAUUGACAAAAGAUCACGUCUCCUUGAUUCUUGAAAGCUAUUUUUGUAAUGUUAAUGUUGUAUACCUGUCUUGCUAGUUAUUAUCUCUACCCUUGUCCAAUAUUCAGAUUUGGAACGGGUGAAAUAUCCAUCCGUAUAUGGGUGAAUGUUACCAUCCAUUACCGAUCUCAUGUUGUUCUUUAAUCCGUAAAGAAACAAUUAAAUUAUAACUUA